AUGAUGGUGCACUCGAAUCCCAUCCAGACGCAGACCCUCACGACAGGCAAGCAUGCAUAUUCCAUGUCGACGAGGGUGUCGAUUCGAUGGCCGCCAGAAGACGCGUACGAGAACACCGACACUACUGUUCUCAGCGUCAAUAACUUCUUCGUGGAUUUGCGGGUCGAAAAGGACACGAAGAAGCUGGACUGGGCGAUCGCAGGGGUGCGCGUCGUCGAUCAAACCGACUCCAGACGAGUUACAUUCCUCCACACUAUCAAUUCGCGCAACACCUUUCAACACGUCGACACGGGUCUCUUCACGCCCAUGGACAAUGGGGACGAGCUGGAGACCGGCACCAUGCUGCGACCCUCUGAUCCGGCUGGCCCAUUUCCGCGACAAUACGAAGAAGUCUGGCGACAGCGAAAGCCCAUUGCCACUCCCGGGCCGAAUAUCGCCUAUGUGCUGGAAAGCGCAGGCUCUCACGUCUCGGUGAUACAGAACAUGGAUGGUGCCGGAACAGAGGAGAGCAAGGAGGUCGAAACGUUUCUAGCCAGAAUAGGCGGUACAUAUAUAGCUGUGCGGCAACCGACACGCAUUGUGCAGACACCGAAAAAUACGGGAUACACCUUCCAAAAAUUUGGCGAUACCGAAGGCGUCAGUGUACGACAUGAAGAGUAUGCCGGCAAGCGAGGCUGGGUCGAGAAGUAUUCCACAGGGCCAGAGAGCAAAGACCUGCCCAGUAUGGUGAGAGGGAAAAAUGAUUUCACGGCUGCUCAGGAGGGGAAAAACAACUGGCGGAAACCCGGCCAAAGGGUGUUUGUCCGAGGUGAAGAAUAUGUCGUCCGAGGGUUUACCGACAUGUCUUGA